UGUUUUAUAAUGGCGGAUCUUCGAUUAAGGCACGCCAAGAAUAUACCGCUAAUUAAUUCCUAAGUGUAUAAUUAUUAGUGAAGUUUAUGUGGAAUUAGAUAUAUAAACAAUGGAAGCUUUGAAGGACGGAAUGUGUCGGUGUUGUGCCUCCGAGGGUACUUAUAAAGACUUCACAGCUUCAUAUCAAUGGAUGGGUGCCGAAGAAGUAUAUGGCGACAUGUUAAAGGAUUGCUUCGAUAUUACUCUGUCAACGUCACUGGUGAACAAUGGUGGUAUUUGCGAGGUCUGCAUCACACAAUUACGGAAUGCAUUUAAUUUUAAAAAACAGGUACAAAAUACUGAAGAACAAUUUAAGAGGAUGCAAGAUAAGUUUUUAAAAGGGGAUAUAGUUAAAAUAGAAUUGAACAAUGAUCCAAUGGAAAACUCUGAUGGUGGUGAUAAUAUUGAUGAUGAUUUCUCUAGUCCUGAAUAUGACGUACCAAUCCAGUCGAUUAAAAUUGAGAAGAUGGAAUCGAAAACGAAAAAGCGACCAGCUAGAGCCUCCACGUCGAAGGCGAAAAAGCCCAAGGUGGAAGUUGGCGAGCCGUCGAAUAAACUUUUCGAGAUGCGUUCAAAAAAUGCAGAGAAAUGUAAAAAAUAUCGUAACCGAAAAAAAGAGGCGAAUCCAAAAAUAAAAAAAAUAACAUUAACAUCGGCAGAAAGGUCUCGGAUGUAUAGGUUGCGGAAAAAACAACUCGUUCAAGGAAUUGUAUCAUCUGUGAAUGAAGUUUUGUAUACUCCAUCAUCUUCGAACUCGCUAAUGACGUUUGAUCAAUCGCCUCAGCCCGUAACUGCCGGUAUACCCACGGAUGUUGUUGUUAAAAUGGAAAGAGUAGAUUCUGAUUCGGAAGAAUAUGAUGAGGAAUGGCAAUCCAAUUUGGCAGUGUUUACAUCGACAAAGGAAUCUGAGAAGAUCAGCUUAAACGAGGAAAUGAACAAGCACUGGGUUAACAUACGGGAGAUACUGAAGUGGUCCAACGCUACGCCAAUAAGGAGUUAUGGUGGCAGAGGAUACCUUUGCUGCUAUUGUUCUAAACAAUUCGUUGAUCCCAGGGACUUGAGAGCUCACACAUCACAGUCCCAUAUCGGAAUAAAUGAUGCAUGUUUUACGAAGAAAGCACAUUUGAAUGGCUACUGUAUUAAGCUGGAUAUAACCGAACUGUUUUGCAACAUUUGCGGUGAAUCCAUAGACAACGUGGAAUUGCUGUUGGACCACCUUUCGAAGUAUCACAGUAUACAAAUCUACACGGAUAUUAAGAACCUUAUAGUUCCAUUUAAAUUUAAUAGUGAGGAACUGCAAUGCUGUAUAUGUGAUGAGAAAUUUGGUGCUUUCAAAGUGCUGUUGGCGCAUAUGAAUGAUCACAUCAGGAAUUAUGUAUGCGAAGUGUGCGACGCUGGUUUUGUCAACGUGAAGCAACUGCGCGGGCACGCAGAGAUCCAUAAAACUGGGUCGCACAAGUGUGAGCAGUGCGGCAAAGUUUUCUCCACGAUGCGCUCCUGCUCGUUCCACAUGAACAGGGUGCAUCGCCGUACCUUCGUUUAUAAGUGCGGUCACUGCUCGCAAUCGUUCAAGGAGUCCAGACAGAAGCAGAAACACCAACUGGAGGUGCACGGCGUGGGUGCUGUGAUCACGUGUGAAUAUUGCGAGCGUUGCUUCAAAAAUCAGACGACUUACAAAAUCCACGUAAAUCGUGAUCAUCUGAAAUUACGGAAGUUUGCCUGUACCAUGUGCGAAAUGAGGUUUUAUAAGUGCAGCGAUUUACACGAUCAUAUGGUGAGGCAUACCGGUGAGCGUGUUUAUAAAUGCGACAUAUGCCAGAAAGCGUUUGCGCGACGUAAAACAUUGCGGGAGCAUACCAGGAUUCAUCUUGACGAUAAAAGAUUUAAAUGUGAACAUUGUGAUAAAGGUUUUGUUCAGAAGUGCAAUUUGCGUACACACCUCUUAAACAAACACAAACUAAUUAUUUAAAGCGAACAUAACAGCACCUUAUAUCCUCAUAUGAAAUCAUUCAAAACUCGAGGGAUUCUUAAAAUAUUAUUCGAGUGUUUGAAAGAUCAAAUGGUUCGAUAUUUGCUAGAGAUAAUAAAGUGUUCAAUUAUUGUUACUGUUUUUCUUUGACAAUGUCAAAAGUUUAGAAGUUAUCGUGUAUAUAUGUAUUCAUAACGUGAAUUAAUGAAUUCGAAAGGACUCUGUUAUUCUGGGUUCCUUCAAAGCACAUUGCUGCUGGUCUGACGGCUCUAACUCCUUUUUAAGAGAAAAAGUUCCUAAAUGCUUUUUCAUGACAUUCGUUUUGUAGACAAGCUUUUGGCUUGACCUCUGCCAAAGGUUUUGAUGUAUCGUUCUCAUGUCAAUCAUAACAAAAUCAUAGAUUCGUGUACGUUGAUAGUUAGAACUAGUCGCAAAAUGUACUUCAAUACAAUAUUUCUGUCUUGCUCUUUGCAACUUUGAAUUGUAGUGAUAUAUUUCGAAAUGAAAUUUUUUUGGGGAACUCUUGAUAACUAUACCAGUUUUGAAUUAACGAGAGUCGACUGUAUGUUACAGUACGAGGCAUGCCUUUAGUUUUGACGUUUGAAGACAAAAAACACAACUAGAACCUUUAGUACUUUUUAUUGUUUUUCAAAGUAUCUUAAUACACUUUUCCAUUCGCUCGUAACAGUUAUUCUCAAGUGAAGGUGUUCAAAAUGGCCGACUUGAAAGCGUCGACUACUUCUUCACCGCGAAACCUUUGACCACGAAUACUUUCUUAAUUUUAGGAAAUGUACAGAUAUCGUUAGGUCAGGACUCAGGACUGUAUGAGGAUGGUCAAGAAUUUCUACGUUUGAGGAGCGCUUUUCGAGAAAGAUUCAUUUUCGUACAUAACCUGACAGUUCCUAAUAAUUUUGACGUGACAACGUCUUAUAAUUCGAUGGAGCCGGCUGCACGCACGAAUAAACAUGACUCAUGCGGCGUUACGUCGCUCUGAGACGUUCUAUUUAUGGCUUGAAGUGCAAGCGAGAGCGCGGUACGAGCGACAAAGAGGCACAAUCGGCAGCGUUCAACAUCCGUAAUUGUGUUCUCCACUUACCUCCUUCUCUAUAUCCAUACAAAA